CUAAAUUGUAAGGCGCUCUGCUUUUUGCUAUGUUUGAUUCUCAGCGGAAUGAUAAAACAUGACAAGGCCGUUUUUAUUCUCAACUUGUAUCGGACAAUAUGUCUUAUAUUCAACACAAAGUGCUAUUCUUUCAACAACAGCCGAGACAAUUUUACCUCCAGAGUCCCAUAAUCCUCUACUGAAGAAAACAUCCAUGUAGACGCAGAUGACGUGUCUGCUCUGUCGCUGCAGAAAAAGUAUCUAGGUUAGAUAGCUACGAAGGAAGACCGAUACCAGCUAGCUAACGUUAGCUACCUUAUGUCAACUGUCCUACCUAGUAAAUUCAAAUGCCAGCUAACCUGUCACCCCCUGUGUAGACAGAUAUUAACGUUACUCCAAGAAACGUUUAGCUAACAAGGUUCGUCGAGAGAAGAGGAAAAUGUGCGCCCUGCACAGAGCGAGAGGCUCUGUUUUGGUGAUCUUCCUUCUGCUACACAGCGCUACAAGUUUCUAUCUUCCGGGUCUGGCCCCUGUUAGUUUUUGUGAACCAGGACAAGCUGGGAAAGAGAAUGAAGUACCGGACUGUAAGUCGACCAUCGAGAUAUUUGUGAACAGAUUGGAUUCUGUGGAGUCUGUCUUGCCCUAUGAAUACACUGCGUUUGAUUUCUGCACUAUCGACUCCGAGAAGCGCCCGUCUGAGAAUUUGGGUCAGGUUUUGUUCGGCGAGAGAAUUGAGCCCUCUCCCUACAAGCUUGAGUUCAUGAAGAAGGAAGAAUGUAAGCCGGUGUGUACUAAAUCGUACGACACCAACAAGCCAGAAGACAAAGCCCACCUGGACUUUCUGAAGAAAGGCAUGCUGCUCAACUACCAGCACCACUGGAUAGUGGACAACAUGCCAGUGACCUGGUGUUAUGAUGUGGAGGAUGGACAGAAGUUCUGUAACCCAGGGUUCCCCAUCGGCUGCUACGUCACAGAGGCAGGACGACCCAAAGACGCCUGUGUUGUCAAUUCUGACUUUAAUGUCAAAGACACGUUCUACAUCUUCAACCAUGUGGACAUCACCAUCCACUACCAUGUGGUGGAGCACGAGGCUGCCGGGGCGAGACUGGUUGCUGCCAAGAUGGAGCCCAAGAGCUAUAAACACACCAAAGAGGAGGCCCCUGACUGUACAGGAGGCCCCAUGUACCUGAACAACAAGUUCAGUGGAGAGCUGAAGAUUGGCUACACCUACUCUGUCCAGUUUGUGGAGGACAAGCACAUCAGAUGGGCGUCACGUUGGGACUACAUUCUGGAGUCCAUGCCCCACACCAACAUUCAGUGGUUCAGCAUCAUGAACUCUCUGGUGAUCGUUCUGUUCCUUUCUGGCAUGGUGGCCAUGAUCAUGUUGAGGACUCUACAUAAAGACAUUGCCAGAUACAACCAGAUGGACUCUGUGGAGGAUGCCCAGGAGGAAUUUGGCUGGAAGCUGGUCCAUGGAGAUGUGUUCCGGCCUCCUAGGAAAGGCAUGCUGCUCUCUGUCUUUCUGGGAUCAGGAACUCAGAUCUUCAUCAUGAUUUUCGUCACUCUCAUCUUUGCCUGCCUGGGCUUCCUGUCCCCGGCUAACCGCGGUGCUCUGAUGACGUGUGCCGUGGUGCUCUGGGUCCUACUGGGCACACCAGCUGGCUACGUAGCUGCCCGCUUCUACAAGUCCUUUGGGGGUGAGAAAUGGAAGACUAACGUCCUGCUGACUUGCUUCCUGUGUCCUGGGGUUGUGUUCGCUGAUUUCUUUGUGAUGAAUCUGAUCCUGUGGGGAGAGGGCUCCUCUGCAGCCAUGCCCUUUGGCACCCUGGUGGCCAUCUUGGCACUGUGGUUCUGUAUCUCUGUCCCCCUCACCUUCAUAGGGGCCUACUUCGGCUUCAAGAAGACCGGGAUUGAGCACCCUGUGCGGACCAAUCAGAUCCCUCGUCAGAUCCCGGAGCAGUCGUUCUACACCAAGCCUCUCCCAGGGAUCGUCAUGGGGGGGAUCCUCCCCUUCGGCUGCAUCUUCAUCCAGCUCUUCUUCAUCCUCAACAGCAUCUGGUCCCACCAGAUGUACUACAUGUUUGGUUUCCUGUUUCUGGUGUUCAUCAUCCUGGUAAUCACCUGCUCUGAGGCCACCAUCCUCCUCUGCUACUUCCACCUCUGUGCUGAGGACUACCACUGGCAGUGGCGUUCCUUCCUGACCAGUGGUUUCACGGCCGUCUACUUCCUGGUCUAUGCCAUCCACUACUUCUUCUCCAAGCUCCAGAUCACAGGAUUGGCUAGCACCAUCCUCUACUUCGGUUACACCAUGAUCAUGGCUCUCAUCUUCUUCUUAUUCACAGGAACGAUUGGAUUCUUUGCCUGUUUCUGGUUCGUCACCAAGAUCUAUAGCGUAGUGAAGGUGGACUGAGUAGUUCACCAAACACCAAACCAAUGGACUGGACUUUCCUAUUUUUUUCUCUCCCACGCCACUCCUCCCCUCCCCCAAAACCCUCACCCUCCCCCCUCACCCUCCCUGGUCUGGAGGGACACUAUUGUUACAUUACACCCUGGUUGCGUCCCAAACUGCACCCUAUUCAGCGCACUUGUUUUGACCAGGGCCCACUGGUCUGAAUAGGGAAUAGGGUGCAGUUUGGAACAGAACCCUUGUCUACGUUACACCCUGUCUACUGUGUGGAAGACACAUUUCAGUCAGAGCAGCAAGAUGCCAGAGUCUUCCAUUUCUCUCUGUGUGUGUGUGUGUGUGUACAUUUAUACAAAUGUACUCUGAGUGCAGGAAAUGAAACAACUGUUGGAAGUCCAGAUCCUACAGCACACCAAUGGAACAUACAUCCCUUAUCUACCACUGAGAAAUGCAAUGGAAAUAGGAAAUCCAAAAAUGUUGAAGGGUGACUAUUUUUAAUACAUACUGCUACAGUUUUGCUAGUAGACCUACCGUUACAGGAAGUGGAGGUUCUGUCCAUGAACCCACGUUGGGCGUACUAAGGUGGUUUUACGUUGUCAUUCAAACUCUUAAUAGUGUUGGACAAUAUGAUUGUAAAUAACUAUUUUUUUCUUCUAAUGCUGACGAAUGAUUUGGGGUGGAAAUAAGCUUAAAAUGUGAAAUGGUAUUCCUCCUCUUACCCAUGUUAUGACAGAGGCUGGUGUAGUUUUGGAGUGUCUCCUCCUCUUACCCAUGUUAUGACAGAGGCUGGUGUAGUUUUGGAGUGUCUCCUCCUCUUACCCAUGUUAUGACAGAGGCUGGUGUAGUUUUGGAGUGUCUCCUCCUCUUACCCAUGUUAUGACAGAGGCUGGUGUAGUUUUGGAGUGUCUCCUCCUCUUACCCAUGUUAUGACAGAGGCUGGUGUAGUUUUGGAGUGUCUCCUCCUCUUACCCAUGUUAUGACAGAGGCUGGUGUAGUUUUGGAGUGUCUCCUCCUCUUACCCAUGUUAUGACAGAGGCUGGUGUAGUUUUGGAGUGUCUCCUCCUCUUACCCAUGUUAUGACAGAGGCUGGUGUAGUUUUGGAGUGUCUCCUCCUCUUACCCAUGUUAUGACAGAGGCUGGUGUAGUUUUGGAGUGUCUCCUCCUCUUACCCAUGUUAUGACAGAGGCUGGUGUAGUUUUGGAGUGUCUCCUCCUCUUACCCAUGUUAUGACAGAGGCUGGUGUAGUUUUGGAGUGUCUCCUCCUCUUACCCAUGUUAUGACAGAGGCUGGUGUAGUUUUGGAGUGUCUCCUCCUCUUACCCAUGUUAUGACAGAGGCUGGUGUAGUUUUGGAGUGUCUCCUCCUCUUACCCAUGUUAUGACAGAGGCUGGUGUAGUUUUGGAGUGUCUCCUCCUCUUACCCAUGUUAUGACAGAGGCUGGUGUAGUUUUGGAGUGUCUCCUCCUCUUACCCAUGUUAUGACAGAGGCUGGUGUAGUUUUGGAGUGUCUCCUCCUCUUACCCAUGUUAUGACAGAGGCUGGUGUAGUUUUGGAGUGUCUCCUCCUCUUACCCAUGUUAUGACAGAGGCUGGUGUAGUUUUGGAGUGUCUCCUCCUCUUACCCAUGUUAUGACAGAGGCUGGUGUAGUUUUGGAGUGUCUCCUCCUCUUACCCAUGUUAUGACAGAGGCUGGUGUAGUUUUGGAGUGUCUCCUCCUCUUACCCAUGUUAUGACAGAGGCUGGUGUAGUUUUGGAGUGUCUCCUCCUCUUACCCAUGUUAUGACAGAGGCUGGUGUAGUUUUGGAGUGUCUCCUCCUCUUACCCAUGUUAUGACAGAGGCUGGUGUAGUUUUGGAGUGUCUCCUCCUCUUACCCAUGUUAUGACAGAGGCUGGUGUAGUUUUGGAGUGUCUCCUCCUCUUACCCAUGUUAUGACAGAGGCUGGUGUAGUUUUGGAGUGUCUCCUCCUCUUACCCAUGUUAUGACAGAGGCUGGUGUAGUUUUGGAGUGUCUCCUCCUCUUACCCAUGUUAUGACAGAGGCUGGUGUAGUUUUGGAGUGUCUCCUCCUCUUACCCAUGUUAUGACAGAGGCUGGUGUAGUUUUGGAGUGUCUCCUCCUCUUACCCAUGUUAUGACAGAGGCUGGUGUAGUUUUGGAGUGUCUCCUCCUCUUACCCAUGUUAUGACAGAGGCUGGUGUAGUUUUGGAGUGUCUCCUCCUCUUACCCAUGUUAUGACAGAGGCUGGUGUAGUUUUGGAGUGUCUCCUCCUCUUACCCAUGUUAUGACAGAGGCUGGUGUAGUUUUGGAGUGUCUCCUCCUCUUACCCAUGUUAUGACAGAGGCUGGUGUAGUUUUGGAGUGUCUCCUCCUCUUACCCAUGUUAUGACAGAGGCUGGUGUAGUUUUGGAGUGUCUCCUCCUCUUACCCAUGUUAUGACAGAGGCUGGUGUAGUUUUGGAGUGUCUCCUCCUCUUACCCAUGUUAUGACAGAGGCUGGUGUAGUUUGGCUGUGUCCCAAAUGGCACUCUAGUCUACACUACAAAAGUAGUGCACUAUGUAGGGAAUAGGGUGCAAAUUGGGAUGAAACUGUUUUCUCUGGGGAUUGUUUAUUUUAUUUUGUAUUAUAAAUGCUUGAGUAUUAAUCAACUGGUCUGUUAUUUAACUUAUAUUCAAAUUACAUUUUUUCUGUCUUUUCUUUAUUUUAUUUUUGCCUCGAAGACCCUCGUGCCUCAUCAGUAGUUCAUUUUAUUUGCAAAAAAACAACAGUUUGGGAUUUUGUGAAAGGCAUCGUUGAUGUGUGUGUCCCAAACAGCACCCAAUUCCUUAUUUAGUGCACUACCUUUGACCAGGUCGGGUCAUGAGUAGGGCUCUACAUGGGGAAUAGGGUGCUGUUUGGGACAUCUUCCAUCGAUCAGUUAUGUGGGGAUCUGAUGCUUAUAUCCUUUCAGUGUAAAUAUACUGUCUUCAUAAAUUAUACUAGUUUCAUUAGUCUGACCGAGCGGCCGGGUACCUUCUCUCUUUCACUGGUUUGAAAUGAUGUAAUUACCAUCUGGGGAAAAAGAGAAAUGGUAGAAAAUGUAAAAUAAAAAAACCUUUUCCUGUU